AUGUAUCAUAAUGAUAAAGCGUUUAUUUGUGAAAUAUGCAGCAAAGCAUUCCGGUUUCGGUCAAACUUAGCCGAACAUCGUUCUGUUCAUACCCAAUUUAAGCCUUAUGUAUGCAGAUUUUGUGACAAAUCAUCACGUCUUAAAGGUAUGGUUCUUCAAUUAUUUUCUCUUUAUUUUACUUAUAAACUUUCCUUAGAAUAUAUAUUAUUUUCUUACUUUUUUUUUAUUUGCUGUUAA